AUGGGCACGCGCCAACGCGCCAACUGGCACACACCUCGUGCGACCUGCACAUUCUCUUCUCUUUCCGCUCGUCUGCGACAGCCUCACCGGGAAGCUGACACACGGCCGCCGGGUUCCGCGCAAGAGAUGCCAUCCCCCGCAGUGGGGGCCUCUUCUUUCCCGGUGGAAGCAUCAACGAUCCAGUCCUCUGCGGGGCGGGCGACACGACGAACAAGCUUUCCCGGGAAGACGCAGGGCCCCGAGCUUCCCCCUAUCGAUGAGGAAUCGGACAACAAUAGAGUCGGUCCAAACGCUGACGGAUUUAACUUCACCCUAGAAGCAUUAAUCGAAAAGGUGCCGGAGGGUCUUUGGCAGGCGAACGGCGUCAUCCCGCGGCACCGGAGAAAGGCGCAUCUGUACUGGGGACUGCUUCUGCUCGGAUACGCCGCCUACAUCGCCUACGCGAUCCGCGAUGGGUUCGAGCGCCGGAAAAGCCCCCCUGUGCAGCUCACGCGAAUAAACGAAGCGUUCCAGCUGCCCGAUGUCGGGUUCUGCUUCGAGGGCGACACAUACGGGUCUCGAUUUGGUUGUUUCGACGCAGAUGCUAACGGGGAGGACUGCGCGGACAGCUACAUUGCCGACGCCUUCGUCUACGGGUAUAAUCGAACGGGGUACACCACUCCCGACGGCUACGACCCUUCCGAAGACUACAUCGUCUUGCUGCCUGACAGCUUGUCCACGACGUGCAGGAGAUUUAGGCUGUCCACUCUAAGCGCCAACGCGGAUUCCAACUCAUGGCACUUCCACAUGCUCAUGUUCUGGAACAGCAAGUACAACGCGACCCUCAACCCGGGUGCCUUCGAGAGCAUCAAGAUGUAUCUCUACGACCCACGAAUGACUGCGGCGGAACUGGCGGAUACGCCCAUUACGCUCUACGCGCCCAUGAGCUUCGAUGCGAAUGAGGUGCCGUUUGUCAGAGGGUUCUUGGAGUACGAGCAGAGGGUGAAGCUGAACCAGGACACGGAGAAUAACUACAUGGUGGUGGACACAACCCAAUCUCCGUGGCACAACGCUGAAGAUGCGGUUGUGCUGGCGGCAGACUACGGAACGGAUAGCCUGGCUUCUAUCCAGCUAGACAUUCGAACGCUGACGUACGUGAAGUACGAGGAAGUUGACCCCUUGGACAUUAUUGGGACGAUCGGUGAAAUCUCAGGAUUCUGGCUGGUCGUUCCGCUGCUAUUCGGCUUGCUGUUCUACCGCCGGCAGGAAGGGAAUGAGAAACAUGCAGAUAUGCGAUCCUUCACGAGAUGGGGAUGCAAUCGGUCACGGGCAGAGGUGCAGGAACCACGCUCAGAUUUCACGUGAAUGUUUUAACAAACAUGACGAAGACAUUGAAUUGGGGUGUGUUCGUGAAGUGCAUACUUUGGCCGGUACAUGGCACGCGUACAACAUGUAUGUUCGUUUGGCCCCGACAAAGGCGAUGUGUUCAUGACAGUCUGAGCUUUUAAAUGGUGACGCAAAUGUAGACCGUGUGUGUUUCGCAGAGGUUGGUGGCCGUGCCAUUGUCCGGGUGCUAGGUUGUUUGGGUUUCAGACUCUUACGGGAGAGGAAACAUUUUUUUCAGUUUGGUGUAUUACACAGACCGUUCGAACUCGAAUGCUUUCCACCGAGUUAUGUUUGAGCGCGAGCUGUAGAGGCGUGACGGGCGCCAACGUCCGACGACGAGGGAAGCAUACGGCGCUAAUCGGUCAUUCCUGAAGAGCGCCCGUUAUCCCUUCGUUCGAACAACCAACCAGCAACCAGUUUCGGAUCCGUGAGUCGAAUAGGUGUUCGAACUGCAAGGCACGUCUUGGUUCUGCGCUUCUACUUCCUACUACUCCUUCUUGUGCUUCAUGCUGCCUUUGCACUGAUUCCAAGCACACAUGAGGGACCUUGUUAUCUGGAUUUAGCAUUCUGUUUCACGGUGGCACUCCAGACAGCACAACGAAACCAUCCCUCGGCAUAUCGAUAAUGCGGGGUAGGUUGACGUCAAGUUCGAGUAGGUUGUUGCAGAAGGCGUGACGUAACUCCGCAAUCCACAGCGUGUGACGUUUCAAGGUCCAAGUGCAUUAUGGACGCCCGGGUUCCUGUUGAUGUACCUCAUGGUGGUCGUGCUCUUCCCCGGGGUUGAACGACCCUGUGGUCCAUAUCCCGUUGUGUGCCCGAAGGGAGGCGGGUAUGCGCUGCACGAGGUCUUGCGAUCUCGGCGACGGUUGGAAACGCGGCUGUCGUGGUCGAUGGUGUCGAGCGGAAGGGGCUGAGGAGCCACGAAUUUGUGGGCCGUUCGUGCCGCUCGCUGUUCUGCGUGGUCUCGCGAGCGCACUGCACCCAUAAGGGCCGGUCGGCGCCAGGGAGGAGCAUGCCUGCCGGACGGUCUUCCUCCACCUCUCCCCCGCGCGAAAGGCCUCCUACCUCUUGCUUUCCCACCUCCCCCCCUUGCGCCCGCUCCUCUUUCGAGCCCCACGUCCCCUGCCCCCGGCAAGGCUAGCCGGUUGCUCUCUGCACGUGCGGCGUCGUACUUCCCAGCGGAGGCAGACGAAGCUGCUGGCGAGUCCGGUCUUCCAACUCUGUGAUGCGGUCGAUACCUCCAGAUGCAGCUGGAAGGAGUUGUUGUCGCCGAUGCGAAGGAGGUGGUCGAGGUCAGCGUCUUCCACGAGCGCCUCCUCAAUGGUUUAUGUCAUAACCGCGGCGGAGCAAAACCAGCGCUUGUUCUCCGUACUUGCGAACGAGUGCAUACGCGCUGCUCAACUCUUUUCCCCGUUUCAGAACUACGAUGUGCGCUUGUUCGGACAGGUCUACGUUGGCGCGGAUGAUAGUCGCCGCGUUAACGCUCCCCUCCGCCGACAGCUUCGACACGAACUUGUUUGCGUAUUUCGGGACCGUGCGUAUCCACUUGAGAUAAGUCGUGUCGACCAUGCCCUCGAUCGACGCCCUCCGGUCCUCGUUUAAAACCUUCUUCCUCUUCUGACGCGUAAUCCUCUGCUCCUCGGCCGCGCUUCCGUUUCUCUUGUUUUGCUGUUUCUUCCACACGCACUCUCUCCAGCCAGGCGUUCACCCUGUCUUUGUGAGCCUUGUAGGAAAACUCGAGAGUCAUGUUUUCGGGGAUGACGCCAGAGAUGGCCUUGGACAUGAUUGUCUCGUAUUCGAACUGGCCGUGGUACGAGCUGUACCACCUCCUGACGUUGACCGGGAUGGUCGAGCGGACGAGGCGUAUCAGCCCGGUCAGUAUCCCGCCGUUGAUGUAGCGCACGUUGGUCUCUAGGCCCUUGGUACACGCUGGGUGCGCCGGGAUUCUCCAUGGCGCCCGAAUUCCGCCCUUGUAGCUCUUGUGGCAUACGAGACACCUCCGCUCUACGAUCGCUUUCAGGUGCCCGAGUCCCGGAUUCUCACCGAAACGGCACAGUGUUUCUUUCUGGUAUUUGGUCAUGUUUUGCUGCGCGGCUUUCAAUGCGAUUGGGAUGUUGCCGUACACGGCGUCUUUCGUGAGCCUAUCGGUCCUUGCGAACGCUGCCAUAGAUUUCGUAUCGGGUAGAAAGGAGACCACCAGGUCCAUGCUGAAUUCGGCGAGCAUAGUUAUUGUAUGAGUGCUUGUGCCUUGCCACUAUUUUAAUUUUUACAGUUAACAACGUGAGUUAAGAUUGUGGUGUAGAUGGUGAAAACGCGAGCUGUCCCUUUUACCCUGUGCUCAGCGCCAAGCUCGUGUGUGGGCAUGCUCGAGUCUUGUAGGAGCGGUGUAGCGACGGCCACCACGUUGUUGAUCACGACGUCUUGGCGGCUGAGGAUUGUCACGUUGUCGCGCAACUCGACUAGCGUGCGCCCAUCGAGGUGGACACCAAGGUCCUGUAGGGCCCUGUAGCUUUGGACGAGGUCGUCGACUCUCUUGCGUUUGAGUGCCACCUUGCUUUACUGUAGUUGUUGUUCUCCAACUUUCAGCCUUUGUACGCUGCCCAAUCAUUUGCUUGGCGAACUGUGCGCGGCCUGCCUUAGACAAGUACUUCAAGCCAGCCGGCAUGCCAUCGAUCGCAUCCUCGUGUCCAUCUAGGAGGAAUUGUUGGGUCGCGUGGCCCUGCCCGGUGCUCUUGAGGGUAGCGUGGCGGGCCUCGAUCUCGGACAUGAGGCUUAGGUCGCCGCCGAGCAGACGGCACACCUUCUCCGAUGACUGACGACGGAAAGUAUGUGCUGUCUUGCCAGGAAGGCAGCUAUACCCUCUCCGUUUGGCGGAAAUGCUCUUGCAGAUGAUAUUUGAAUACGUUUCGGGUUUAGUCUCGCCGCUGCAUUUGGGGCAAUGAUGCUUUGGUCGUGGUGGGCUGGCAAAUAUAGAGAAGACGGUACGGUAAUGGUCCUGAGGCUGACUCUUAUGGUUCCCGGAAGUUGGCCACGGAACGGAUUUUUUUUUCAAUUUUCGUGGCAUGUCCACCUUUUGGGCACGAAUGCGGCGGGUUUAGGGAAAAAAAAAAUCGGUUGGAACAUCUGGGCCGAGGCUCCAACGAUGGUUGGGCAUAUGUUUCGUAUGGGAAUCGGGCCCGGAUGUUGCCGACGGAUUGUUCGUUUUGAUCGAACACACCGAAAUCGCGGGGUCACACCGCAUCCAUCCCGAGCGGCACCCGAGCGUGGCGUGUGUGUGCACGAGCUUUCCAGCACCCAGCAUAGACUGGCUUGCGAAAUGGAGCACGCGAGCGCGGCCGACGACAGCGGCAGCGACGACGAACGACAUGCCCACCUACUUGUUGUUCUUGCAGCAGCGAAGCGGAGACGUCGCGAGCGGCAAUGCGCUGUGCUUACCGUGGCGACCUGGCGAGUUGUCCUGCGGUCCUUCCCAGAUGGCGACGAGUUGGGGGACGAAGGCCUUGGUGGUGGCUCCCCCGUGAAGCGUACCCGCCGAGUUCUUCCACGGCCAGACUACCGCGCCUCGUUUUGGUGACGCAUGCUGGGCGAGACGGGCCUCAAGGAACCAGCGUCAAGGGAGACCAAGCUUUUUCGGAGGCGCUUCCGCACCCCCUACCAGUUCUUCACCGAGCUCAUGGAGCUGGUCAAGAAGAAGAAGUGGUUCUCCAUGCGCAAGAAAGAUGUGGCCGGGCGCAUGUGCAUCCCAGUCGAGCUGAAGGUGAUGUAAUAUUGAGACGUGCCGAUUCCAAAACUGGCAUUCAUGUAUCCAUCUAGAAUAUUAUAAUAGUUUUUUUUUUGUGAAAAGUGUGUCCCGUUAGGGGUACGCUUUUUGUUUUGUUGUUUUGCGAAAAAAAAGCUGUUUAGAGGGAUCGUGUGUGGGGUACUUUUGUGCAACCACCACAAAAAACUAUUCCACCUCCCGAUCUAGUAUGCAUCUUUGUGUGCACACUGAGAACAAGGAUAAUGUAUAGUCUACACACGCACGCACGUAGUAUGUGAAAUACAGAGUGGCGCGACUGGGUGUCGUAGGAGAGCAAGGGCAACGUAAGUAUGUACAAAGUCGUACCGUAGACCGCAGGGCUUGUGCCAAAGAUGAGAAAAACGUGGUGUACACCUGUAGAAGCUGCUGCAGGUAGAUUGUGGUAAAUUAUUCUCGCCAAACCCCCCUCAUGCCAUCUUCUACGUCUAUCGCCAGAGCUGCUGCUGCAGGAAGAUACUGCUGUGUUGCUCAUGCCCCUUCCGGUUUGCCAUGUUCUUUAAGUAGUCGAAAAUGCAGCGCCGCGAAUAACCUGACAACCGACGAUCAAUUCCCGCCGACCGUACACCGCGCACGACGUCUAUGUGCACAGGUCUUGUCAUCCCUGCACAUCGUGGGUAGGGGAAACUU